CCUUGCUUUGGCCCCUUGCCUCCGAGCCCGUUGCGGGCCCGGCUGCGCUUCACCUCGACAUUUUCACAUCGAAAUCUGGGCCUUGCGUCUUCCGUCUCAAGCCCGGCGACGACUCGGCAUGCGUAACAUCGCGGAGGUUGUACAACUGGCUCGCGGUGCCUUUCCCUCCACAAGCUAACUGGCUAACGACGAGACAGCUGACGCUUGGCAUGCUAACCCUCCCGCUAGCCGACUAGUGACCACCGCGUCCUAGACGAGCUUGCUCUAGUUUUGUUGACAUCGUCACUUCUUCUCCGGAUCAGGCGUUAAACGGGAACCUUGGGAAUACAACAACCCAGCUGCCUCUGGGAUGCAACAUGUUGAAUUCACGCUGACAACACGGACAAAUGGUACUUAAAAGUUAAGGUAGAGGUGUGUGCCUGGGGGGCCGUGUGGAGCACACCCUUUCGUGAUCAUCUUCCUGAGGGGGAUGGCACUGAAUGACAAGCGGGAGUAAUGGAGGUCUGUGUGGCAAUCAGCACUGCAACCAUGAAGCAGCUAAAAGGGUAGGGUCAACCUACCCGACCAUUGCCACCCCCUCCUACCCUUCCCCAACCCGUCCUCAGAGUCCUUUACAGAACCCACCGUGCUGACUAUUGGAAGACGAACAUGGUGUGCGUCACAGAGACUCUGGUGGAUGUUUGACCAUGAACGUUUGAUGUUUACCUCUGAGGUGUGAGCGCAAAUCCACUUGAGCAAUGAAUGGCGGAAAGGACUGUGAGGCGGGAGAUGAGAGGCAGGCUGUCCCUGUCCAAGUCCCCAUUGGCUGGCAGCGCAAGAGGGAGCACGGUGCUGUCCAGUAUGUCAGUCCCAGUGGCUCCGUGCUCUCCAGUAUGGAUCAGGUGAAGAACUAUCUUCUAACAGAUGGAACCUGCAAAUGUGGUCUGGAAUGCCCACUUAUCCUCCACAAGGUGUUUAACUUUGAUCCGGGGGCGGUGGUCAAGCAGAGGACAGCGGAGGAUGUGAAAUCAGAUGAAGAUGUCACCAAACUCUGUAUACACAAAAGGAAACUUCUGGCCGUGGCUACACUGCACAAGAGCAUGGAGAGUCACCCUCCUCUCACACUAUCAAGUCCUGUUGGAGGUACAUCAUCUGUGGUUGUGUCACAUUCCGCUACUCAUCGAGCAAUAAGGACAAAACCCCAUGAUGUCCUUCUCAAUGCUGCCAGCCCGGACAAGAUGGGGAUGACAGCUGGCCACCAACAGCAGAUUUAUCCACCUCAGGAGAUUGGUGGAGGCCAGCAACCAGAGCUCUGUGCUGGGUACUCAAGGCCACAGAGGUUACAGAGUUGUGAUCCUGGCCCCAAAUCCCCUUAUCGGGUUGGAUAUGGAGGCAUGUUGAGCCCACCUAUCUCCAACUCUAAACUUUGUGCAGAUGGCUCACAAUCACCCUGUACAGACACUCUGAGUAGUCCGGAAGGCUUUCAAAGAACAAAUUCCUGUGCAUUUCCAGGAGCUGGUAGUCCCAGCACACCUUCCAUCCAUGGAAACUCCAGAACACCUCUUUCUCCACCUAGCAUAAUGCUCCAUGGCUCUCCUGUGAGUCAAGCAGUCUGUGCCAUGACAGGAAGGACUAGCACACCGCUGUCACCCACAGCCACUGCCAAAAGCCCUGUCAUGAACAAUAUGCCUCGUGGAAACUUCCCCUAUGGUAUGGACAUGCCCACUGCAGCUUUCUACCAUAAACCACAGGCACCUGUGCAUCCUGUACCACCGCAACCUCCUUCUGUGCCACCCUGUGUCCUGCAAAAAAGACAGUUGACAUCUGAAAAAGAUCCCUUAGGCAUCCUGGACCCUAUCCCCAGCAAGCCUAUGAGCCAGUCCCCAGCCAACGCCCCCAACUUCCAGCCUAACAUCCACACUCAGGUAUCAAUGAUGAAUGUAAACAUCCCCCCUCCUGCCAUUGUUCCCUUGCCAAGUAAUUUACCUUUGCCUACGGUGAAGCCCGGGCCCGUGGGACACGCUGGCCAAGUUCAAAGGACUCAACAGAGCGGUCCAGCUUCCUCAAUGUCGCCAUCCCCAGUCACCUCUCCUGUUCACAUGGUUGGAAGAGUGGAAGCCUCACCCCAUCGCUCACGCUCUUCUUCAACCUCUUCUGACCACGGGAACUUUGCAAUGCCAUCAGGGCAUCAGGCCACGUGCAGCACUAUGAAGAUCCCACCUCGGUCCCCCAGAUCGGCCAUGGGCUCUCCCAGGCCAGCAAUGCCCUCCAGCCCCUCCACCAACAAAAAUGACAUAAUACACCAGUACAGAGAUCCCCAGCUGCUUUCCUCAAUAGGCACACUUCAGCACAACAACUCCAUGUACUCGCCCACCUCAUCCUCCUCUUCCUCUUUGCCUACGCCGAGCGCUUCCCACAAGGGCCAGGCAGGGCUGUUGAGAAUGCCUAUAAACCAGAUUCUCAACCAACAGAAUGCUGCCUCCUUCCCAGCCAGCAGUCUCCUGUCAGCAGCAGCCAAAGCACAGCUAGCACAUCAAAACAAACACAGCACUACUGGUGUGGCUGCUGCUGGUAUAGCAGGGGCUGGAGGAAAUGGGGGGGGUGGCGCUCACUCUGGCUCAAUAAGCAGUCAUCCAGACAUGGAAGGACACAGCACUUUAAACCCUAUGCUCCCGCCAAAUUUCAACAUGCUGCUCAACUGCCCUGAGGGUCAGAGCGGUCGAGCGGCUCUGAGAGACAAGCUAAUGGCUCAGCAGAGGGACCCCAUACGCAAACGAAAGCAAUCGGCAGGUGGCACACCAGUCAACCACGACGGCAGCAACAACAACAACAACAUGGUCUAUCACGUGAUAAACAAACCUAGUAUGGGAGGACAGCAAAUGUUAGCUCCUGGUGCAGAGCAAAUGCGGAAGGUUAGUCGUCUCGGAAACCUCCCACCAAACACUUCCAUGGCCCAACUCCUCCAGUCUAUGAGCAAUCAGAGCUCCCACAACAUUGGCGCCAACAGCCACCACCCUGGCCUCAGCCCAGGACCUCCGCUUCACUUCAGUGACUCUACAUCCAAAGUCCCUGGUGGUUCCCAACAGAACCUUAUAAGCCAACAGAGGCUUAGGGUCGAUGGCUUGCAAAACUGUCAGAACAUCGAUUCCGCUGGGGGUCACUUGGGGACACGAGCAGGUCAAUUCCCUGAUUUCAUGGGUCAGAUUAAGCCCCCUACCUUGAAUAACUGUGGGCCUAUGGUUAACACUAACACUAGUAGGACUGGACUAGUAGGCCCUGAUGGCAUGCCAAUCGGACGCCCGCACACUAAUCCCCCACCACUAUCGCAUUCUGGACCUCAUCCCUCGCAGCACAACCUCCAUCAGAAUGUUGGGCAGACUGAUAUGGUGGUGAUGCCGGGCGGAGAUGGGAGCUGUACCAAGAACAUUUGUGACACAGGGAACCUCGCUUCCCAUGGCCUGCAGCCUCAUGUCAACACUGGCAGAGGACGGAUGUACAAACACCAAGUCAUGCAGCAGAGUGGGGUGUCCCAGCCUGCUUACCCGGGUCAGCAGCACUUCUCGGACAACCCACCGUACACAGACAGCAGCAACACUAACGGGGACUCCAUGGUUUGCCUCUACCCGAAUUACCAGCAAGGGAUGAUGCUACACCCCCAGUUUACUGAAGGACAGCCCCACCAAGGCGAAGGCUUUCGAGCUGGAACACCUGGCUCUGACAGGGCCCCUGGCAGAGGCUCUGAGACCGUGGAUGCCAUCUACAGAGCUGUGGUCGAUGCCGCCAGCAAAGGGAUGCAAGUAACCAUCACCACCACAGUAAGUGGGACCACACAGGCAAGCCCCAUGCCCGCCCUCAGCGCCAUGAGUGCCUUUACUGCCUCCAUUGGGGAGCCCGCCAACCUCCCCCAGGUGGUCAGUGCAGUUUUGCAUGGGGAUGGGGAGGUUUUAGCUCAGCAAGCCCGAACCCGACAGGUGAGGCAAACUGGAGGUCAAAAGAACGUGGAUUCAGGGAAGAACAUGACCGAUGGCUCAGAGGUCGAUGACUACUUCAGGUCCCCUGGCCGUGGAACUCCCAGGGCGCAGUGGGAUGGGGAAAUCCAUAGUGGUGGCUUCGAUACACAUGGCAACAGUGGUGUCUGGUGCGGUGAGGAGUUCCUGGAGUGCUCCACCAAGGUUAGAAGUAGUCCCUGCAUGGAGCGACCUGCUCCUUUGCACCCCGCCCCACCCUGCUCCACUAAUGGCUCCAUCGAUCACAAUGUAGUGCCGGGUCAUGGAAAGACCUUUCUUGACGAUGGCUACCGCGUCAACAACUGCAGCAGGACACCCGCUAACUACAAGGAGCGUCUAGAGCAGACUGCGGAACGUUGUGCUCACAUUAAUGGCACUACGCCUCUCUUCAACACCCGGACUUACGGCGAGGUUCUCGGACCCCCCCGACAGGAACUAACUGCUGACGACCAGUCUCCCAGCUCGUCCACGAGCCUUGAAGGACCUCUAGCCAGCUCCAAAGACUACAGUCACUACAACGGCCACUUCAACGGGAUGGCGCCCAGCCCUUCGGACACCAAGAGUCUGAGCAGCGAAGAAGACCUGCGGCAGCCGGACUCGCCUUCAUCGGAGCUACUUCACUAUCGUUCCAGGACCUUCAAUAUGGGAGAGCUAGUGUGGGGCCAGCUAAAGGGCUUCCCCCCCUGGCCAGCCAAGCUGGCUGGGGAUGAACAUGUGCACAGUGCUGCCAUGCAACUGCGAGAUCAGGCCAAGGUAGAGCCAGAGAAGCUAAAAACGUUAACACACGAUUUGGAGGCACUUGACCGAGCUGCCAAAAGAGGCUUGAAGCCUGGGAAACUAAAUAAUCACUUGGAAGCUGCUAUCCACGAGGCCAUGAGCGAACUGGACAAGAUGUCGGGCACGAUCCCGUCAAGAGAUCGACAGGUGAAAAUGCCCAAACCCAAAAGGAGGAAGAUCUCCAGAUAGCAAUGAAUGUGUCACCCUCCUCCUCCUCGCUGCCGUCUGAGCUGUCCCAGGUGCUACACAUCGACGCUGCGUGUUCCCUCGCCGUUCCGUGACGUCAUUAUAGACUUGACUUGCUGACUUUUGAGGUGCUGGAACUUCCAAUCACCGUUUGUACUGUAGUAAGAAGAAAGAAAUGGAAAGAAGCAUCAAAAAGGUUGCAAUUUGUCUACAGCUUACUGAAUUAACUAUUUUUUUCUAGUAUAAAGGAUUAAAAAGACAAAAAAAAGGCAAUGAACAUUACCUUACAUAUUUAAGACAAAUAGACAGUCCAAAUAUUUCUGAUACAUUUUCAUGAUGUAUAUAGGUAAUCCUGAAAUGUCAUAUUAAGAAAUGUAUGUAAAUAUUGUAAAGUGUAAUGUACAAGCGUACCUAAUGCACAUUUUAUCUUUUGUUGUACAAAAACAAAGCAGAAUUGUACCAAUGUAUUGGUUUCUAUUCAUACGUGCGUUUGCAUCGGCUCGCACACGCGCAAGAAAUACAAAAACAGCUUUUAUAUGACAAGCACUACGAGCGUUGCUUUGAGUUGGUUUUUGUACAACGGCCUCGGAAAAUGUUCUGUUACUUCAUACCUGAAAGUGUUCAUGGAGAAAAAAAAAAAACACACACAGAAUGAACUUUACCAGCAGAGUGUUCAGCCUUUCUGCAAGCGCGAAUGUUGCAAAAUCUUCAUCGCAAAGGUUAUUUUUGUGACCUUUCUUGCAUUUCUGGGGUGUCAUGAUUUUUGUUUUUUUCUAACUUGGAUGACGGUGUUUUUUUAUAAUGGAUUUUGUUGUUGAGUGUUCCGUCAUGUCCAAACUAUUGUCAUUCGAAUGUCAUGUUUUUCCCCUUUGUCAGUUAAUGAUCAAAAUUAACACUUGCGGGGUGAAAUAUUCUUACAUUUUGGGGCCUUGUUUUAGUUUUCUUCAGUUUGCUUGUUGUAAAUUAUUCCUGUACAGUUCUACAUAUUUAUUUUAAGCUUUACAAGUAUCCUAGAUGGCAAUAACACUACCAAGAGUUUAAAACUCAAGCCUUAUAUGUGUAUAUGUAUGUUUUGUUUUAACAGAAGAAUAGAUCACAUAUUCAUUGAUAUGGUCCCAUGUUUUAUUUAAGUGAGCAUAAGAGAAGAUGCUUUGACGGCAAGGCUACUUUUUUUUGUUCCAUAGUGUUUUAUUUAUAAAAUUGCUUAUGUGCGAAAGAAGGCGGUUGCUCUGUGUUCGUAAUAAAUGUCCUUUUACACUACUUAAAGCUUCCAAGUAGACGUCAUGGCUCGUUCAGUCCCGUUAUGGCCAACAAGUUGAAAAAAACUAGAAUGAAACAAGUGCAAUAAAACCAAUGAGUAGAGUUCAAAAGUUAGCUUAUACCGAUGCCAAGUGUUUUGCUGCUCAAGAUGCUCACAAGAGUCAUGUCCUUUCCAUUCAAGAAUGUCAUUUUUCUGAUACUGUGUUGGUGGCAACAGCAACAAAAAAACUUAAACAUUAGUACGUAACAUUCUUUUCUAAGUGUUGUACAUGAAUGCUUCCACACUUUGACUUCCAUUCACCUGAGCUAAGGCAUUUACGUUCCUUCCGGAGCAAAACUGCAGAAGAGCCUCGAAGUUUGACUGAAUUUCCGCAGAAUGCACGCUUUGAGUAACUAUACUGUACGAAAGACAUCCUGUGCAACUUGAAGACAUUGUAUUGCAGCCUUGUGGCUUAAAUCAAAACAUGCAGCUUGCACCAACCAAGGGAUGUCUUCUAAGUGGCUGCUCCAAGACACAGCCCAGUAAUCGAUGUCGAGGAAAUCCUGCAGCUGCUUUGCUACUCUGGGUAAAGUUCAUUCUGUCAACUUUUUUGUGUUGACGUGCAGGAGCCUUAUUGGUGCUCCAGCUCAAACUUGAGCGUGGAGGUGUGUGUUGAUGCUUUUUGUCUGUUUUGUUUGAUUUGAACUUUGAAACAUCCUCUUCCAACCUCCCAUUGUCAGUAUUUUAUUUUUCAACCUGUGAGUAUAUAUUGCUACACUAAUAUAUACUUAACAGAUGAGUUUUGUGUGAAAUCUGAUGUGCACUUGAUUUCUCCAAUUUGUUUUCUGAAUUAAUGUGGCCUAGAUAUACAGUAUAGUUUGUCAGAGUCCAUUAUUUUGAUAUUGUUUGGACUUUUUUUUUUUUUUAAUGAGUUGAUGUACGCAGUGUUUUUGUAAAUAUUAAGACACAUUACAGAUCAUGCAGUGAUGUAACAUUUGGAACAAUGUUGCACAGAUGUCUUAAGAUAUUAAAAACUGGUCACUCUUACUUGAACAUGAUUUUCUUCUCACUGUACUGUGAAUGAAGUUGUCGCUCUCAAUGUAGUGAGUUGCAAGGUAUGAAAGUGAAACCUCAGUCACAAUAUAUGGUACUGUGACUUGUAGGCACUGCAGAAAACGGUUGAGAUACCUGUAAACAUGGAAGAGGUAACCGGUG